CCGCGCGGCAGCGCCCCGGGCCCGAUGGAGGCCCCGCCGUGGGACCCGGUCCGCAACGACUCGCUGCAGCCCACGCUGACCCCGGCCGUGCCCCCGUACGUGAAGCUCGGCCUCACGGUCGCCUACACCGUGUUCUACGCGCUGCUCUUCGUCUUCAUCUACGUGCAGCUCUGGCUGGUGCUGCGCUACCGCCACAAGCGCCUCAGCUACCAGAGCGUCUUCCUCUUUCUCUGCCUCUUCUGGGCCUCCCUGCGGACCGUCCUCUUUUCCUUCUACUUCAAAGACUUCGUGGCGGCCAAUUCGCUCAGCCCCUUCGUCUUCUGGCUGCUCUACUGCUUCCCGGUGUGCCUCCAGUUCUUCACGCUCACGCUCAUGAACUUGUACUUCACGCAGGUGAUCUUCAAAGCCAAGUCAAAGUAUUCUCCAGAAUUACUCAAGUACCGGUUGCCCCUCUACCUGGCCUCGCUCUUCAUCAGUCUUGUUUUCCUGUUGGUGAAUUUAACCUGUGCCGUGCUGGUGAAGACGGGAAACGGGGAGAGGAAGGUGAUCGUCUCUGUGCGAGUGGCCAUCAAUGACACGCUGUUCGUGCUCUGUGCUGUGUCUCUCUCCAUCUGUCUCUACAAAAUCUCUAAGAUGUCCUUAGCCAACAUUUACCUGGAGUCGAAGGGCUCGUCUGUAUGUCAAGUGACUGCCAUCGGUGUCACCGUGAUACUGCUUUACACGUCUCGGGCCUGCUACAACCUGUUCAUCUUAUCCUUCUCUCAGAGCAAGAACGUUCAUUCCUUUGAUUACGACUGGUACAAUGUGUCAGACCAGGCAGAUUUGAAGAAUCAGCUGGGAGAUGCCGGAUAUGUACUAUUUGGAGUGGUGCUUUUUGUUUGGGAACUCUUACCUACCAGCUUAGUAGUUUACUUCUUCCGAGUUAGAAGUCCUGCAAAAGACCUCACCAACCCUGGAAUGGUUCCCAGCCAUGGAUUCAGUCCCAGAUCUUAUUUCUUUGACAACCCUCGAAGAUAUGACAGUGAUGAUGACCUUGCCUGGAACAUUGCCCCUCAGGGUCUUCAGGGAAGUUUUGCUCCAGACUACUAUGAUUGGGGACAACAGACUAACAGCUUCCUGGCACAAGCAGGAACUUUGCAACAAGACUCAACUUUGGAUCCUGACAAACCAAGCCAUGGGUAGCAUCAGUUAACAGUUUUAUGGACAAUUCCUCAGUUGAAAAGCUUCAGAAAGACAGACUUACUGACAGCUGAAUUUUUAGGACACUUUUCCUUAAGAACUAGGACUUGAUUUUUAUUUGUUAAAGGUUUCUAAUGGCUCCAUAGGACUAAAUAAUAAUUUAGAUUGAUAAACUCUUAUGUUAAUACUAAAAAGUGAGCCUGGCUAUUUCAGUGGGUAUAAUUUAAAUUUACUAAAGAAAAUCUGUACUUUUAUAAGGAUAUAUUUUAUAUAACUUAAUGCUAAAGUAUACUAGAGUUUUUUCUGGAGAACAUUAUUGCAAUAUAUGUUGCGGUUUGCACAGAAUUUUAUGCAUAAUUCACUUUAAAGGUAUAGAAUAUAUGCUCUUACGGUU